GUAGUUAAGCUGCUUCCUCCUCUUAACGGAAAUUUUUACGGCAGUCGACUAGCAGGCAGGCAGGCUGGAUGGCUGGUACUGUUGACUGACUGACUGACUGGCUGGCAGGCAGGCUUGCAGGUUUAGUUAUAGUUUAGUCGGUUGGUUUGGCUGGCUGGCUGGUUGGCUGGUCGCUGGCAUGCUGCCUGGCUGGGUUUCUGGCUGGCUGCCUUCCUGGCUGGCGUGUUUGGUUUGGUUUGGUUUAGUUCAGGUUCGGUUGGUUGGUUUGCUGGCUGGGAGUUGAUCUUUAGUCGGCAGGGGAGAAAAAGAUUAAAAGAGACACAAAAACGAGGAAAGAAAGAACAAAACGAAACAACGACUACAAUAAUAUAAACAAAAAUACAUAAAUUAAAUUAAAUUAAAUUAAAUAUUUUAAAACACAUACACAAUCAUGGCAGCGCAGGUUCGACUACGACUCGACCAACACCGUAACAACAACAACAAUAAUAAUAAUAAUAAUAAUAACAAACAUAAAACAACUAUCGAAAACGGUGAUAUGAAACAGCGAAACUGCAGCAACAAUAAUUCUUGUAAUACUUCCACGACUAAUAAUACUAAUAAUAAAAAUAUUAUUAUUAACAACAGUGCCAGUUUUAAACGAAACUAUAUAGGGUUUGGUGAAGAAAAUUUACUACAAAGCAUCAGGGAAAGAGAAAAAUCGGUCCGGCGUUGGAACCGAUAUGGUAUAUUUACCGUUUCCAAACAACACACAAGGAGUGUGCAGUUUACCGGCCAAAUUUCUACGUGGAUGGCUCUAACACUCAUAGGAGUACUGUUGCUACUAGGGUCUAUCGGACCAACAAUUUCUGGUAAGUAGCUGUAAUGCUUUCAUGUCAGUCUGGAGGUUAAUAUCAGCAUUGUUGUCAGGUAAAAAUCAAUAUGGAAAUUUUCCUAAUGUAGGACAGCUUGCUUUGUGCUUUCAUUUUCUACAGAGAACGAG